GUGGUUCGUGGCGACCGGGUCCAGAUGGCAGUAAAUCUGCAGGGAGUGACCCGAUUGUUUUCAUAGCUGGUUGAGUCACAGUUAUUUAAUGUCUCCCGUGAAUCACAAUUCAUCAAUUUGACAGUGUUAAACAUCGAAAAAUUUGUUAUUAUUGACUUGAGAAAAAAACGAUGUUAUGAUGAAAGUUCAAAAAUAUUUUGUACUUCUCUUUCUAGUGGUUAUAAGUCCGAUUAUUCGAUCUUACGAAGAAUGCAACUUCCCUUUGCUUGAAAAUGCUCACUUAUCAGCCACCACAUCAUUAUCUGAACGUGGACCGAACAAUGCUAGACUCAAUGGGGACUCUGCGUGGUCACCGGAAGUUAGCAGUUUUUAUCAGCACAUUACAAUGGAUCUUGGAGGUCGUUUUGAAAUUCGCAGCAUAUCAACUCGAGGUCGUGCACAUACUAACGAAUAUGUCACUGAAUACAUUGUCCAGUAUUCUGACGAUGGUCAAGCUUGGAUCAGUUAUGAAAGUCAGGACGGCGUUGAUGAGAUGUUUAAAGGUAAUGUCAACGGAGAUACAAUUAGAUUGAAUAAAUUUGAAGUUCCAAUAAUCGCACAAUGGAUUAGAAUAAAUCCUACAAGGUGGAGAGACAGAAUCUCACUUCGAGUCGAACUCUAUGGAUGUGAAUAUGUUUCUGAUGUUUUAUCCUUUAAUGGUACUUCUCUAUUACGGUUGGAUUUAAUGAGAGAACCAAUUGAAACCGACCGACACUCCAUCCGCUUUCGAUUUAAAACUAACAGCGCCGAUGGUGUGAUGGUUUACUCUCGAGGCACACAGGGAGAUUUUAUAGCAUUGCAAUUGCGGGACAAUAGAAUGUUGCUCAAUAUUGAUCUGGGCUCAGGAAUAAUGACAAGUUUGUCAGUUGGAAGCCUUUUGGAUGAUAACAUGUGGCACGACGUUAUAGUUGCUAGGAAUCGAAGAAACAUUGCUUUCUCAGUAGACAGAGUUAUAAUAAAGGGUAAAAUAAAAGGAGAAUUUCACAGACUGGACUUGAAUCGAGUAUUUUACAUCGGAGGCGUUCCCAAUGUGCAAGAAGGCAUAGUUGUAACACAAAAUUUCACUGGCUGCGUAGAAAACUUUUACUUCAAUACGACGAAUGUAAUUAGCGACGUUAAGAAGGCAGAAGAAUACGGAGACUACAUGCGGUAUCAGAGAAUAAAUUCUCUUUACAGUUGUCCAGAACCACCAAUAGUCCCAAUCACUUUCUUAACUGCUAAUUCUUACGCCAAGUUGAAGGGAUAUGAAGGUGCUGUGUCUCUUAAUGUUUCCCUUUCGUUCAGAACGUACGACGACGAAGGAGUCAUUUUGUAUCAUAAAUUCACUUCUCCUGGAUUUGUUAAGAUGUACAUUGAAGAAGGCAAAUUGAAGAUAGACAUUCAAACUCUCGAAUAUCCGAAAGCAAUUUUGGACAAUUUUGAUGAAUCUUUUAACGAUGGUAAAUGGCAUCAAAUAGUAUUGACUAUUGCUAAAAAUUCCGUCAUUUUGACUGUCGAUGGCCGAACAAUGAGAACGACGCGUCUUCUGGAAAUAUCAACUGGCUCUAUUUACUACGUCGGCGGUUUGGAGAGUAAAAUUCCAAACAUGAUAAAUCAUCGGGGUUUCGUCGGUUGUAUGCGAGUUAUAAGCAUAGAUGGAAAUUAUAAAUUGCCGACUGACUGGAAAGACGAGGAAUACUGCUGCAAGAAUGAUAUCGUCAUUGACGGCUGCCAAAUGGUGGACCGUUGUAAUCCCAAUCCUUGCAAGCAUUCUGGAAUCUGUCAACAAACUUCUAAUGAAUUUUUCUGUGAUUGUGAAAACACUGGUUACUCGGGUGCUGUUUGCCACACGUCAAUGAAUCCAUUGUCCUGUGAAGCACACAGAAAUACAAAUUCUGUUAAUCAGCGGGCAGAAAUUAAAAUCGAUGUUGAUGGAAGCGGACCUCUGCGUCCUUUCCCAGUCACUUGUGAAUUUUAUGCAGAUGGACGUACUCUCACUGUCUUACAUCAUGGAAUCGAACAACCUACUCCAGUAGAUGCUUAUGAAGAAGCUGGUUCUUUUAUUCAAGAUGUUAAUUACGACGCGGAUCUUGAUCAGAUUGAGGCAUUGUUAAAUGUAUCCUCAACCUGCAGACAGAGAAUUAAUUAUGCUUGCAAACAUUCACGACUGUUCAACACCCCAAUACCGCAAAAUGAACCGUUCAGACCCAACUCUUGGUGGGUAAGCAGACGGAAUCAAAAAAUGGACUACUGGGGCGGUGCUCUUCCAGGAUCUCGAAAGUGCGAAUGUGGAGUCUAUGGAACUUGUGCAGAUCCCAACAAAUGGUGUAACUGUGAUGCCGGCUUUGAGGGUUGGCUGGAGGACGGUGGUGACAUUACAGAAAAAGAGCAUUUGCCUGUGAAGCAAUUACGAUUCGGCGAUACAGGCACAGCUCUUGAUGAAAAAGAAGGACGUUACACCUUGGGACCACUAAUCUGCGAGGGUGAUGACUUGUUUAUAAACGUGGUAACUUUCCGCAUUACCGACUCAACAAUUAAUUUACCGACAUUCGACAUGAGCCACAGUGGAGACAUUUACUUUGAAUUCAAAACAACGAUCGAGAACGCAGUAAUGAUGUUCAGCAAGGGACCCUCGGAUUACAUAAAAAUAUCGAUCAAUGGAGGGAAUCAAAUUCUGUUCCAGUAUCAAGCUGGAGGAGGUCCUCUGACUGUCUCUGUCCAAACAUCCUACAGACUGGCUGACGAUCGUUGGCACACGGUUUCCGUUGAACGCAAUCGCAAGGAAGCGAGAAUAGUUCUUGACGGCGCAUUGAAAAGUGAAGUGAGGGAACCCGAGGGUCCAGUUCGGGCUCUUCACCUAACUUCUGAUUUGAUUAUUGGUGCCAACGAAGAUUACAGAGAUGGUUUUGUGGGUUGUAUUCGGGCAUUGCUGUUGAAUGGACAACUUCAGGAUUUGAGAAGUCACGCGAAACGAGGAUUGUAUGGAGUGAGCGAGGGCUGCGUUGGAAGGUGUGAGAGCAAUCCUUGCUUGAACAACGGAACUUGUCACGAGAGAUACGACAGAUACACUUGUGAUUGUCGUUGGACCGCUUUCAAGGGACCAAUUUGUGCUGAUGAAAUUGGCGUCAACCUGCGACAAAAUCAAUUGAUAAAAUACGAUUUCAUGGGCAGCUGGCGGUCAACAAUAUCCGAAAAAAUUAGAAUAGGCUUCACUACAACAAACGCCAAAGGAUUCCUUUUAGGACUGUUCUCGAACAUUUCUGGAGAGUACAUGACAAUCAUGGUGUCGAACAGUGGACAUCUCAGGGUAGUAUUUGACUUUGGCUUCGAAAGGCGAGAGGUGAUAUAUCCCUCGAAGCGUUUCGAUCUAGGGCAAUACCACGAUGUUCGAAUUGGAAGGAAAAAUUCAGGAGCCACUCUAGUAAUUCAAGUCGACAGUCAUAAGACAACCGAAUUCGAUUUCCCCAUUAAGCAAUCAGCUGACGCUCAGUUCAAUAACAUUCAAUACAUGUACAUCGGAAGAAACGAAUCAAUGACUGAAGGUUUCGUUGGCUGUAUCUCAAGAGUAGAAUUCGAUGACAUUUAUCCCCUGAAAUUACUGUUCCAAGAGAAUGGUCCAGCGAACGUGAGAUCGGUUCCUAGCGCACUUCCCGAAGACUUUUGUGGAGUGGAACCAAUAACCCAUCCUCCGGAUAUCAUUGAAACUCGUCCUCCUCCGAAUGUCGAUGAAGACAAAGUGAGAGCCGCGUACAACGAAACUGACACUGCUGUUUUAGGUAGUGUUCUGGCUCUGCUCUUCAUCCUCCUGGCCAUAAUGGGAGCGCUGAUCGCGAGAUACAUGUCGCAACACAAGGGUGAGUACCUCACCCAGGAAGACAAGGGCGCGGAGAUUGCUUUAGAUCCUGAUUCUGCAGUUGUUCAUUCAACGACUGGUCACCAAGUGCAAAAGAAGAAAGAGUGGUUCAUUUAAAUUAAAUGAAACCAAUGUAAAAAUGCUGGUCCGUGGAUAAAUUAAAUUUUGUAAAGAUUUUUAUACAAAUACUUUAAGGUAAUUCAUCUUCAUCGUCGACUGGCAUGUGGCAUACUUUUUAUAACUUGUAACUUAAGUUCAAUUUCAUCGAUCUGAAUAUUUUUUUUAAAGAUACUUCGAAGUGUUUCACAAGUUUCGAUAAAUACAUUUAAGACUUAUGUUGUGAUUUUCCCGAAAAACUUGGUUUAUAGAAUAAUUCUUAGAAUUUCAAAAUAGGAAAAGCAUUCCUAGUGAGUAAUUAAAUACACUUUAAAUAUUAAUUAUAUCUCUUUGUAUAGUAACGUAUAUUUAAUAUAUGUUAACUUUAUAAUUGAAAAUUAGUUCCCUUACAAACUGUAAAACAGUACGAUUUAUUUUAUGAAAAUAUUCGACUAUUUAAAUUGAACUUUAAUUAGUCAUUCUUUAAAAUCAAAUUCAGUCUUUCGGGAGAAUCACCAGCAUUUUUUUGUUUCAAAUUUUAUGUCAGAUGAGGAUUGGUUUGCUAGUUAUUAGAUUAGAAUUUUUUUAUUGUACAUUUAUGAAGUAAUUCAAAAUGAUCACACUUAAUUAGGAAACAAAUUUAAUUUGUGACUUAUUCCCAAAAAUUAUUUAGGUGAUCUUUUUGUAUCAAAUGGAAGUUUACAUGUUUUUUUAUAUUUUGUUUUUAAUUACUGAUAUUAGUAGACAAUGGAAAAAGAGUAAAUAUUCAUUUUUCCAAACUUUCCAAUGAGAAUUAAAAUUUUGACAAUUUCAGUAAUAUUAACAUUGAUUUCAUAUUAUAACUAAAGUCUGCUCUCAUUGUACUUUUUUGUGUAUAAACUGUAAAAUGUACAAUGCAUAUUAUAUAGUUCAAUUUAUUUUAAUAAUGGUAAUACUUUACGAAAGAAUCGUAUUUUUAAAACAAUCGACCAACAUUUUUCUCUGAAAUUGUGGUAUUCUUUACGGGUUUUGAAGUUUUUUUUUUGUACCAAUUAUUCAAAAGAAGAAAAAAACGAAUAAUUUUUUUCUGAAAAAUGUGGAAAGUUUAGAAUUAAAAAAUUAUUUACUUUUGAUAAUAAUUAUGUUAGUUAUGACAAAGUGAAAAAAUACUGCCAGCGUCCAUAAAUCACAAGAUCAUAUUUAUUAAAGAUUUUUAACGACUAAACACUAAACAGUUUUAUAUUUAAAAAUAAUUAUCUCGAAAAUAAAAUAUGGUGAUAAUUUUGAUACUUCAAUACAUAAGAAAGUGAAAGUUUUUUAAAACUAUUUUUAUAUCAUAGCAAAUUUGAAUAAUACAUUGAAUUGAAUUGUGAUUUAUAGACGUACUUCAUAUUAUCUAACAACAAUUUACUUUUAAAAUUUUAAAAGUAAUUAAAAGUAACGAAGACUUAAUCGAAGGUUUAGACGAUGAUAAAGUUACUUUUCUGAAAAGUUUAAACAAAAAUUAAAUGUUUGUUCUUUAUAACCAACUAGUAGUCGUUUCUGAUAUAAUUAAUCGAAAUUUGUCUAUUUAAUUUUAUUUUCUUUAAAAAGCUGAUAUUGAUUUGUACUUUUAAAGAAUGUUAGUAUUUUAAUGCAUAAGUCUUUAUAUUUUAAAAAAUUAUUUAUGAUCAUAAAAUCAUAAACUAAUUUUUUUAAGUACUAGAAAUUAAAAAAUGUCACUUUUUGUACUCUUACAUUUUUUUAGCACAUUUCACUAUCAGCGUAAACCAGUAUUUGUUGUAAUUUUUACCGUCCAAACUGUAUUUUACUUUAUUUUAUAAUUAUCGGUUAAUUUUUGUUAAUAAAAUUUUAAGGAAGACGUAUUUUCAAUUGUAAAGAAACGAAAAGCUUCAUAUUUUAACAUCUAAUUUUCCAUUCUAAUAUAAUUUUAUUUAUAUCUUAUUUUUUAAAGUUUUGACUAAAAACUGUGAACAGCUAAAUUCUUAUUAACAUUCUUUCUAGGAUCAAAUUUUAAUACCUAUUUCAAUUUUAAUUUAUUAUAAUCGUCUUCUUUAGAAAUUGUUUUUUAUUUUCUGUUUAUUAAUUUGCAGAAUUUUAGUUUUUAGAGUUAUUUUUUUGAAUAACGACGAAAAAUUAAAGAAUGCCUCUAGUAACGAGAAAGUGAUUGAUAGGUUUAAUGAAAUUUUGUACAUCUGUGUGUCGGAAUUUUUCCUCAUUGGCUCAGAUAUAAAUAAAUGAGCCAAUUUGGACAAACCUAGUGAUUUUUUUUACAAACUAGUAGAAGCCUGCCACACAGGUUUACUAUAUACUCGUAUACAUAUAAUAAAUUAUAAAUAAGAUUUCUAUAAUUUUAGUUUUGAGAAUUUUGUUGUAUUAAAACUUUAAUAAAUAAACAUGUACAAAAAUUUUUAA